AUGGGUUUCUCUGAAAUGGGCAAUGGAUGCAAGGAUCACCCAAAUCAUCAACAAAAGCAAGGGGUUUGCGCUUCAUGUUUAAGAGAAAGGUUAUCUCGUCUUUGUUCAGCUUCAUACACAGAAACUAAUUCAACGCUUUUCCUUUCUUGCUCUUCUUCACUCUCCUUUUCUCCUGCGCCUGACUACUCUUCGCCUUCAUCUUCGACCUCGGCCUCCCCUGACGCUCGACAUCGUAAGCGGAACGGUUCUGGCGUGACGUCAAUCAUGAAGCCGGUGUCGUCGUCUUCGUCUUUUAUGUUAAAGUUUGGUAGUACCAAAGGUUUGAAGAAGAGUAGAUCGAUUGCUUGUGUAGCAAGGAACUUGGAUGAUGAAGAAGUCAAGAAUGGGAAGAAUAAGAAGAAAGGGUUUUGGUCUAGGUUGCUGAGUUUCAAAGGGAAGAAGAAUGUUCUCUCGCAUUCAAUGAGUAUGAGAUUAAUGAUUGGAAGAGUGAAUUGA